AUGGCCGCCGCGUUAAGAUGGUACAAGGCGAAGCUCGCCGCCCGCCCCAUCCUAACCCAAUCCAUCACAACCUCCAUCCUUUUCGCAACAGGCGACACAAUGGCGCAACAACUCGUCGAAAAGCGCGGCCUCUCGAACCACGACCUCGCCCGUUCCUCCCGCAUGGCCCUCUACGGUGGCUUCGUCUUCGGCCCCGCCGCAACGAAAUGGUUCAGCUUCCUCCAACGCAAAGUCGUCAUUCCCGGCAAACCAAACCUCGAAAUCGCCGCACGAGUCGCGACCGAUCAGACCGUUUUCGCUAGUACGAAUUUGUUUGUGUUCUUGAGCAGUAUGGCGAUUAUGGAGGGCACGAGUCCCAAGGAUAAGCUGGAUUCGACGUAUGUCAAUGCGCUGAAGAGCAAUUGGAUGGUGUGGCCAUUGGUGCAGUUUACAAACUUCAAGUUUGUGCCGCUGGAGCAUCGAGUGUUGCUAGUAAACAUUGUUUCCUUGGGCUGGAACUGCUACCUUUCGUACCUCAACAGCCAACCUAGUGGGGCGCAUGAUGUGGAUGGUGGCGAGUUGCCGCCUUUGUAA